ACGACCAUUGUUCUGUCAUGCCUCCGAUACGGAUCCCGAAGUCUGUGAGAAUAAUUGGAACUGGAAUAACUCCUCUCAACCCGAGGUCGCCAGCCAAACAUGCCGUCCUCGCUGGCCAGAAAGUAUCGCCUUCUGCUCUUAUGCAGCAAGCACUCCGCCUCGCUCUUGAUAAUGCCGGAGUCAGCUUGAAGGAUUUGAAUGGCCUUAUUGCCGUGCCUUCCUUGGCUGACACUCAUUUUAUGGAAGCACAUUAUCUUGCCACGCAAAUCGGGCUUCUUCCUGGCAAGAGUAUUAUCGUGAGAACUGUGGACACUGGAGGGGCGGGCCCUGUUACUGGCUUGCUGGAAGCCAAGCGUAUGAUUCAAAUGGAAGGAGCAGAUCUUGUGGCGGUUGUGGCGGGCGAUGCAGUGAAGAAUCUGUCCGGGGAAGAAUUCUUGAAGAGAGCGGAUCAAACAUGCAAUCACCCGGAGGCGGAACUUCCCUCACCAGUUAUUCCUUCUGGUUACGACAGAGUUGCCCAAUACCAGAUGAAGAAUUUCGGAACAACUAGAGAACAAUUAGCAGCCUGUUCGGCUUUAAUGUCCAUAAUGGCUUCCCGCCAUCCCUCUGCGCUCACUCAUACUCCCCGCACCAUCACGGAAAUACUGUCUGCACGGCAUGUUGCGCCUGUCACUAGCGUUCUUGAAUGCGCCCGUCGGGCUGAUGGUGGAGCGGCGAUCAUCCUUGCUAGCUCUAGUUUUUUGGAGCGCAAAGGAUUAUCCCGAAACACUGGCGUUGUGGUUGUAGGUGGGGGAGAAGCGUCUGGUCCACUCUUCCCACCGAAACGUAUCGAAGACAUGAGCGAACAGAUGUUUUCAUGCGAGGAAGCCGCCGGAGUUGCCUAUGAUGAGGCCCAGGUUGGCGUUCGGGACAUUGAUUUCUUUGGAUUAUAUGAUUGCUUCCCAAUCUGCCUAAUUCGAGCGAUUGAGGCUGUUGGUUUGGCGCCCAAAGGUCAUGGUGGAUCGUUCGUAGAAGAAAAGUAUUACCAAAUCGUCAAGGGUCUUGAAAGAGAUCCCGACGGCUUCAAGCCACAGGAUGUCUUCCCGAUUAAUACCCAUGGUGGUCUGCUAGCUUUCGGUGCCCCGUGGGAGGUACCUGCCAUGUACAAUAUUAUUGAGGCGUACGAUCAGCUCACCAACCGGGCAGGUCCCCAGCGGCAGGUAAGGAAUGCUCGGAGGGCCCUGGUCUACGGGAAUGGCGGGAUCUUUUCUGCGUCUGCGGUUGCAGUCUUGGGACGUGGUAGCUAUUAGUGAAAUUAUAGAAUAGAUAGUCAUGUGAGCUUAGAGAAUUAAUUUAAGAUCUUGUUAAGGCAUGUUUGUUUAUUUUCAUGAUAUGACGGUCAUGUG